GCCGCCGACGAGAACCCACUGAACGCUUCAUGGUAGGACUUAUUUACCGCUCUCAGCGCUUUAGCACGAACAAACGUGAACCCCGCUGCUGUUUUUCUCGCGCAUACAUGCAGAAUAGUGAAGCUGUGAAAAGAAGCAACAACACAAGAAGAGAACCAUUUGAUGGAAGAUAAGAAAAAGAAAAAACAAGAAGAGAAGAAAAAGAAAGACACUGCUCAGAAAAAGGCCACAGAACAAAUAACCAAAGUGCCAGACUCUGCCAAGCUCGACCCCACCCCUCCUCUUCCCCCCGCCAACCCCAGUGCCAUCCCAUCCGCAUCCCCAAGCAGUGGAAAUGGCAAGCGCGCCCCCUCCGGAGGCCAGCCGCAGACAGCACAGCAGCCACAGACUCCGCUCCAGCAGCGCUACCCGCCCAGAGAAGUGCCCCCACGCUUUCGCCAACAGGAGCAGAAGCAGCUGUUGAAAAGGGGCCAGCCUCUGCCCUCCGGGACCCUGCCUCUCAUCACCACGGGACGUCCCGCCACUAGCGAACCCGCAGCAGCAACAGUAGCCAUAAACUCCUCUCCAUCUUGCUCCUCUUCCUCCUCAGCCAGCUUGCCCACAGAACUGCCCUCACAGAGUGGCCACGGAGCCCAGUAUGAUAAUUCCCUCUGGGGACACCUGCCAGCCAAUAGAAGUGCCACAAGUGCUGGAUCUUCCACUAGUCUCAGUGGCUGGGAUCAACUAAUAAUUGACCAGAAGGACACAGAGGCUUGGCCUUCUAUUACCCUCAGCCAGAGCCAGGUGCCUCCGGGAGGAUGCCCUUUGGACACUGACCCUGGUCACUUGACCAGCAGCAGCAGUAGUACUAGCAGUAGUUGUAGUGCAGUGAGUAUGGCCACAGGAGCCAACAGUCAGACAGGCCACUUCCCUGCCAACCACCUUAGCAAAGCCAACAGUGGAUCUAGCCCUGCCAAUCAUGCUGGAACCAGCAUCCUCUCCAGCCAGGUUACAAGCAACCGUAGUUGGGGCUCUGGAUCUGGACCUUCCCACUGCCCCACACAGUCCUCAUUGGGGAAUGAAGGGAAAGGUGAUAACCCAGUGGGAGGAGGAGGCAGUAGGGGGUGGGGUUCCUCUUCAUCAUCCUCCACCACCAACUUUAACUUGAACCUAAACCCUAAUGCCAAUCCAUCUGCCUGGCCCAUGUUGGGGCAUGAUGGGGGUGGCACUGGGGGAGGCAGCUCAGGGGGAGCCAACACCAUUUCACCUCCUCAAUCUACACCCAACCUCUGUAAUCCACCUGGCCCCCCACCAACCCAAACCAGCACCUGUUCUGGAGCCAACACUAGCAGCAAGUCCUCUGGGAUUGGGAGUGCAUGGGGUACCAUUUUGGCUUCUGACGUGUCAGAGCCUGCCCAGUCUACAAAUGUGUCUUUCAGUUCAGAACCUCAGAACCUUAAAACUGAUGGACCAAAUCACACUAAUAAGCAAGAACCUCCCAGUCCAAUUCAAAACCUGUCUGGUUGGGGAAAUGCACCUAUAGGCUUGGGUUCUAUGGGACAGCCACCACCAGGAGGUUUGCAAGUCAAUGGAGAAGAUGGUAACUCUGUGUGGGGUAACAAUGGUAACUCAAAGCAAAAAUCCUCAAAGGAAGGACCUGGGUGGGAUUCUGCUUGGGGCCAUGGAGGUGGUGGAACAGGAAACUCAGGAGGCUGGGGUGAACAGUCUGGUGGAGACUGGGGGAAGCAGCACACUGAAGAGACCCAGGGCGGUUGGGAUGCACCUAGCUCUCCUCCCCAGGAUUCGCAGGCUGGUCCUUGGAGCCGAGCUGUGAGCACAGCUGGUGCCAGUGAAGGGAGCAGUGACAGCAUGGAAGGACAUCCCCGGCGGAGAGACCACUUAUCCAGAGAUAAUCCAGUUCCCCUGCUGCCUGCCCAGGAUCUGGAUCCCAGAGUGCUGUGCAACACUGGCUGGGGACAGACACCUGUUCGCCAGCACACCACAUGGGAUAUGGAACAUACCAAACAUAAGAAUGAAGUAAGCGCUGAAUCUUGGGGUUCCAGCAAAGCCACUCCAAGUGAUGCCCAGGGCUCUGCAAAUACUAACACGGGCCCCAUGCAGAGGACUGACCAUGGGAGCAAAAACGAUGUGCCUGGUUCUCAGGGAGCUUCUGGUUGGGGUGGAAGCAUGGCUGCUACCAACCAGCCCAGCUCUGGCUGGCGAGAGCCAUCCAACAACAUUAAGCAUCCUGUUGGCCCAAGUGGCUGGGGGAACCCUACAACAGCAGGCCCUACCACCAACAUACCCAAGAAUGGUGGCCAGCCUUGGGGAGAGGAGAAAUCAGCUGGAUGGGAUGAUUCUCACAGCAAGUCAACUUCCCAGGGCUGGGGAGAGCAACCCAAAGCACCCCACUCCUGGGGCAAGAGUGGAGGGAGCAAUAACACAGGGGACUGGGGAGAACCAGAAGAGAGCAAGAAAAAUCCAACUAACCCUGACUGGGAAAACCAGCGAGGCUGGAGAAUGUCUAAUCCAGGAUCUGGAAUAUCUACAGCUGGAGAAAGUGGGGGCUGGUGUGAGUCAGCACCUCAGCGCCCCAGUGGCCCUCCGCAAGGUUGGGGUGGCAAGCCUCAGGAAGGCCCUAGUGGCAAUAGUGGAGGAGGGACCAUGGGCUCUUGGGGUGGAUCAUGCACAGUGAAGCAACCCGGCAACUGGGGUGGUACCGGUAGUAGUAGUAAACAAGAACAUAAAGCCGAGGCUACAGGUUGGGAAGAGCCGUCUCCGCCUUCAAUCCGACGUAAAAUGGAGAUUGAUGAUGGAACCUCAGCUUGGGGGGACCCUGGUACCUACAGCAAGGCUGUCAAUUUGUGGGAUAAGAACAGUUCAGUAAUGUCCCAGGCUAAAGUUCCCACAGGAGGCAAUAACCCCCCAGGACCCACUAACAACCACCCUCCCCACGCUCACAAUCACCCUUAUCACGGGCCACCUGCACCUUUACAGAACAAUAACCAAAACACCCAAAACCCAGGCCCCACCAGUGGGCCAAUGGAUCCUAUAGUGCAACACCAAUCUGGACCGUCUCACAGCAGGGGUCCCAUGAUGGCUCAAGGUUGGGGAGAGAUACCCAGCUCCCACCCAAAAUCAGAGAGUACUUGGGGAGAUCCGGCACCCUCUCCGGUCAGUGUGGAUAACGGCACGUCAGCGUGGGGGAAACCGACUGGAAGCUCGGGCUGGGGAGAUGGAAACCCAGACAGCUACGGCAGGGGAAACCCAACAAUGACAUCUACAUCUUGCAAACCUGCACCCAAACCUAUGCAAGAUGGAUGGGGAGGAGGAGGAGGAGGGGAAGAGCUCAGUCUUUCAGGUGGUCAGUGGGAUGCAGAGGAGGGAGACAUGUGGAACAGCAAUGCCUCCCAGGAGACCAACAACUCCAACUCCUGGGGCAAUGCAUCCAAAAAAGGACCACAGAAGGUGAAGGUCCCAGGGAAGCAGGAAGAUGCAUGGAUUAUGAAUCGUCUCAUUAAACAGCUGACAGAUAUGGGAUUCCCUCGGGAUCCAGCUGAGGAUGCUUUGAAGAGCAACAAUAUGAACUUGGAUCAGGCCAUGAGUGCCCUGCUGGAGAAGAAGAUUGAGCUGGACAAGCGUGGGAUGGGCAUAGGCGGGCACGACUACAACAACGGGCUCAUCAACAAGCCCAUGAGCUGCCCUCGGCCUCCGCUUCUUUCCAAAGACCCCUCAGCAGAUCCCCGCUUGCCCUACAUGGAUAAGAUGCAGAGUGGAAUGUUUGGCGGUGGUGGAGCAGCACAAGCCCGGGCUAUGCAGCAGCCGCAGCCACCUCCUCAGCCACCAGUGCCGCCUCUCAGCUCCUCUCAGCCUAGUCUACGCGCUCAAGUGCCUCAGUUUCUCUCCCCUCAGGUUCAAGCACAGCUCUUACAGUUUGCAGCAAAAAACAUUGGUCUGAAUCCUGCACUUUUAACCUCACCAAUAAAUCCUCAACAUAUGACCCUUCUCAAUCAACUGUACCAGCUGCAACUGGCGUACCAGCGUUUACAAAUUCAACAGCAGAUGUUGCAGGCACAGCGCAAUGUUUCUGGCCCCAUUCGACAACAAGAGCAGCAAGUUGCACGUACAAUCAAUAACAUGCAGCAGCAGAUCCAACAGCACCAGCGUCAGCUGGCACAGGCUCUGCUGAUGAAACAACAGCAACAGCCCCCCACCCACUCGGGCCUGCAUCCUGGUGGAGCCAAAUCUAGCCUGGAUUCGUUUCCAGGUCACCCCCAGACUUCAGGCCUCCCUGAUCUGCAGACCAAAGAGCCGCAGUCGUCUCCCGCCACCUACAGCCCCUACGCUCUCUCUGGACUGAAUCCAAACAUGAAUGUAAUGGAGGUGGGAAGUCUGUCUAUGAAGGAACCACCUCAACCCCAGUCACGCCUGUCACAGUGGACGCACCCCAACUCCAUCGAAAGCCUCUCUGGAAACUCCUCUCCUCUCGAGCCCAACCUGGGAAAGCAUGGUGCCAAUCUGGGCCCUCCUGGGAAGCCCCCUCAGCUGGACGACUCGUACAGCCCCUAUAACUUGAUAUCCAACUCAGAGUCUCCCACUAGCCCCCUGGUCCCUCCAGACAGUUGGGGACAGGGCAAGAGCAGCAGUGACAAGAUCUCCAAUGGGACCAAUAUCAACUGGCCACCGGAGUUUUGCCCCGGUGUGCCCUGGAAGGGCCUCCAAAAUAUUGACCCUGAGACUGACCCGAAUGUGACUCCGGGCAGCGUCCCCAGCGGGCCCACCAUCAACACCAACAUCCAAGAUGUCAACCGCUACCUGCUCCGGGACAGGAGUGGAAGCUCCUCUCCCACUUCAUCUCAGAACGAGGCUCUGCCUCCGUCCACUGAUUGGCCCGUCAGUGCCUACACUAGUUCGUUCAGUCUGUCGUCCCCGGAGAUGGACGAUGCAGGUAAACUCUCAGAGAUGAAAUCUACCUGGUCUCCAGGGCCCAUCUCUCACAGCCAGGCGUCUCUGUCCCAUGAGCUGUGGAAGGUCCCCCAGGGUCCCCGGAGCAGCAACACAGCCCCUUCUCGCCCACCGCCCGGCCUCACUAAUCCAAAGCCUUCAUCCACCUGGGGGGGCAAUUCUCUGGGUCUGGCCCAGGGCUGGAGCAGCUCUUACACUACAGCAGGUACCACGUGGAGUACAGACAGCGCCACCAGGACCAGUAGCUGGCUGGUUCUGAGGAACCUCACUCCACAGAUUGAUGGUUCAACUCUGCGUACACUGUGCAUGCAGCACGGCCCCCUCAUCACAUUCCACCUAAACCUGACACAGGGAAAUGCAGUGGUGCGCUACAGCUCCAAGGACGAAGCUGCCAAGGCCCAGAAGUCCCUGCAUAUGUGCGUGCUCGGAAACACCACCAUCCUCGCAGAGUUUGCCGGGGAAGAGGAAGUGAAUCGCUUCUUUGCACAGGGCCAGUCGCUCGGCGGAACAACCAGCUGGCAGGCCACGUCAGGCACCAAUCAGAACCGGAUGGGCGGAGCCGGGUCCGGAGCCUCCCAUCCCAUCGGCCACUCUCCCCACUGGAACAACAACAGCAACGGCGCCAGCAGCGGCAGUAGCAGCAGCCUCGGAGCGUGUGGAACAAAGACGGGAGGAGAGCUGCUCUGGGGCGGCGUCCAGCAGUAUUCCAGCCUGUGGGGGCCCCCGAGUGGAGAGGAGGGACGGGUCAUGGGGAGCCCCACGCCAAUCAAUACACUGCUUCCUGGUGACCUGCUGAGUGGAGAGUCCAUGUAGGAAAAACAAACACAAACAGGAGCAAAAAAAAUAAACCUUGCAAAUCAGUGUGGAGAUAAUCAGAGUGUGAAGUUGACAAAGAGAGACGAGAAGAGGACAAGUCCACGUGUUUGCUGCUUGCCCUUGUCAGAACCCUCUGCUCCUUUUGUGUCUAAAGGCAUUUUAGUUGCAGUUUUAUUGUGAAUCUCAGUAAGACGUUUUGGUUAUAGUGUUCAGCUUUUGCCUCUGAAGACACAGGAAAAAGUGUUUCAUCCAUCAAAGAAAGAGGAAUACUUACAGAACUGAACUUGGAGAAGUCGCCGUGUGGAAAGUACUCUAGUGAAACUGACACAGUGACGGAGCUGCCAUCUUUGAACUUAGCGUAAUCCCUCACUGCCCUUUGAGGCAAUCAUACUGCACCUCAGAUAUCCAUGAAAAAGACAUCAUUCCCAAAGUUUAAAAAAAACAAAAACAAAAAAACCCUUCAAUCAGAGUGGUUGUUGAACUUUCAGCUGGUCCAGACUCAACGUUUGUUUCUCUCAGCACUAAUAUUAGCCUUAAACUGUUUCCUGCCCAGCUAUCCUCACACACUCUGUACUUGGUGAAGAAGUACACAGAGACUUGCACACCCUUCUUUCUGAGCCAGUGAAACCUGAGUGGAAAGUACAUGCUGCUGCGGCUUACCAUAAGCAACCACAGCCACAACUUUAGUGCAUUAUUGGAAGCAGAUUGAGUUCCCCCCACGACGCUCAAAGGGAAUGAUGCAACUCUGUUCGCCUUGUUCAAGCCAUUUAUUUUUGUAGUGCUUUUUUUUUUUUUUUUUUGGAAUAAUUAUUAUUUUUCUUCUUGAACCAUUGAAAAAACAAAGCUAAGAUAUGAUUUUAUUCAGAUGUGUCUGUCAAUCUCACCUAGCGGACGGGAGUUUGGGGUCACGCGUGUACAGUUAAAGAUGUAAUGGACGACUAAGAGAACCACUGCUAUUACCAUGAAACUGUAAAGACAAACACUUCAGUGCACCUCAGCUCAUCUGCAGGCGUGAGCCGCAGACGUUCUCACUGACAUCAUGGAAAAAACCUCAUAUAUUGUCCCCUCGGCUUUCCCACCACCGUACGCCCACUCCACCUGCAAACACACCAACUCAAGCGACGUGCAAUAUAAGCAACAGACUCUAUCGUCCAGACACCCUACCACAGAAAGCAGACUGUAAGGAAUGACUGAACUGCAAAAACGCAAUCUACCCUGCAGCCCCACCACAGAUAAAAAGGAAAAAAAAAGAAAAAACUGCCACUACUACCCUUCAUCUCCCCUUAGAGUGUGUGAACUCAGGAGAGUAGCAAGCUGGUCUUCAACCAUCUUCUGUCCAGUAUACAAGGACGUACAUACUUAAGCACUUCUUUAACCAGCCGCCUCUCCGCACUUAUGCUAGAGACUGACUUCGGGGAGGGUGAAGGGAAAGUUUAUGUGUGUGUGUGCGUGUGUGUGUGUGUGUGCGAGCGUGUAUUUGUGAACAUAGUGUGUAUGUGUGCGCGCUUGGAGCGAUGGCGACAAACCAAAAUAAGUGGAGCCUGUUUUCCUUAUCACCAAGAAGGCCCGAUCACUUUGUGUUUUUUUUUUUUUUUGUUUUUUUGUUCUUCUUUGUCCACAUUUAUGUUUGUUGAAAAAUCUGAAGCAAAGAUUUGUGAAUAGGUGGUUUAUCAUAGCACUUAGCAAGAGCGCCGCUGCUCGUAAAACCCUCAAUGCCAACGAAUAGAAGAAAGGAGAAGCAACACUGGCAACAAAAAGAAACAAACAAACUGCAACGCAAAGACAAAAAGCAAUCUGCUUAGUGGCUUCUCUCUAUCUGAUUUUGUUUUUUUUUAACUUAACAUGGAUGUGAAAAUGUUUUUUAUGGAAUACUUCUUCCCUGAAGUCAGUGGGACCAGAGGAAGUUAUGGUAGCAAAGUGAAGGGAAAUACAAAAAAAACUUUAAAAAAAAAAACAAAAAAAAAGAACUAACUCAGCUGAUGAUGGGUGUGGCAGGGAAAGACCCCAACGCACUUAUCCUCACCCUCUUGUAUCAAAGUAAAUAUCACUGUUACAUUUGAAAUCUCUUGGUGUUUGGAAAUGCUCAUCAUGUUCAUAUUCUACUGGGUCCAGCAGGGAGGAUUGCCAUCUCGUCUUUGUUUUCUUCCUCUACUUUUUUCUCCCCCCUUUGUGUUUUGGAGGCCCUGCCAACCUGUGUGAUAGUGUGGCCACUGAGUGCCUGCCUGCUGCAGAGUGCAGUGCUGCAGCAGCCUUCACCUCUCCCACCUCACCACUAUCUCGCUCGCCUGCCUCCCUGUGGAUCCCUACAGUCUGGAAUCCCUCCUCUUCCUCCUCCGCCUGGACCUCGAGGCCAAGAGCAGCUCUUUUAGGACUGGCCCUACCUGUAUUAAAUUUUACUACUGCUACACCAGAGUCUGUCAUCACCAGCCUCCACUUCCACUCUCUGUCUCUCUCUCUCUCCUGCAAGGAUCACUUUAGUCAGAGAUGGAGGCAUUUGUUGUUCUGUUAUUUUUUUUUUUUUCUUCCUCCCUAGUUUGUUAUGAAAUUACCAGUGUGCAUUUUUUAUUUUGUUGUAAUAACUUUUGCUGAUGUUGUUGCUGUUCUCACUGAUGAUAUAGUCAAUGAUUGUUUGUGAUAAUGAUUUUCAUGGCUUUUAAAUAUUGGUCUUCAUGCAGUGUUCAGCUUCUCUCCUGCCCCUCCUGUUGUCUCCGAGGCACAACCGGUGUGCAGUUUUCCGAGGUACGUCCCAGCGGGGCCACACCAAACACCGCAGAUGUCAGUGUGCCCUGCCGUGGGAGGAGUCGCAACAAAUUGUAAAUUCUUUGAAACAACGAGCCGACUUCCUCCGUCCAUCGCGGGGCGUCGACACCACCACGUGUCGCCCGUCCUUUAGUGUGGACGGGCCUCGCUCACACUGGUGCUUUAUCUCUGGGAGCACUCAGUUACGCUUAGAAACCACCUCAACUGACAACAGCCUUCCAUUUCUAUGCAAAGACAAGGAGGUGUCCAUCCGCAGCCAUCCCCUACAUCCACAGUCUCCACUUAUCUUGCAACUUCUACUACCAGGCAGCUUGUCCUCAAAACCUCACCUGGAUGAAAUGUGGGGGACACUGAAAGAGCCUCUCGUUUCACGUGGACAGAGCUGUCAGAUGACACUAAAUUACCUGCUGGAGGCUACUACUUGUUGGCACUUGGUCUGGUGCCAACGGAUUUGCUGAUUUGUCUUCUUCCAAUGUCUGUCAUCCUGAAUGAUCUUGGAUAGUUGGGUUGGUUGUACUGCUGCAGGGGUGCACCCCACACGCUUCGGAGGCAGGAGGCUGAAGGGCAGGACGGAUGAGAUGGUGCUGGUCUGUCACCAACAGAAGACUGGAAAUGUCCGUGGAUUUACCAGGCUGCAGUAA